AUGGCCCUCACCGCUCGGACAGCGUCCAUUUCACGGACUACCAAUGAGACCAAGAUUCAAGUCUCUCUCUCCCUUGACGGAGGCAUUCUCCCAGCCUACGAACCAACCACCUUCUUCCCAUCGCCAACAGACCCUCAAGAAGCUGAGGCAGCCAAGAAAGGCAUUGUCCGCCCCACUGAUGCCGACCAUGCGACUCAAUUCACUCCCACCCAGCAAAUCACCGUAAGCACUGGCAUUGGGUUCCUGGACCACAUGCUCCACGCCCUGGCAAAGCACUCCGGAUGGAGUCUAGCAGUGCGGGCCAAGGGCGAUCUGUACAUCGACGACCACCACACAACAGAGGAUGUAUUCCUCGCCCUCGGCACAGCAUUCACAAAGGCUCUCGGCGCCCGCCAAUCACUAGCCCGUUUUGGUCGCGGAGAUGCCCCGCUUGACGAAGCUCUCUCCUGGGCUGUCAUCGAUCUCUCCAGCCGGCCAUGGGCUGUUAUCAACCUCGGCUUUAAGCGCGAGAAGAUCGGUGAAUUGAGCACUGAGAUGAUCACCCAUGGUCUGCAGAGCUUCGCGCAAGCUGCAGACGUCACCCUGCAUGUUGGCUGCACUUACGGUGAUAACGACCACCACCGUGCGGAGAGUGCCUUCAAGGCUUUGGCUGUUGCUCUUCGCACGGCUUGUGCGCGUAGGGUGGCUGGUGAGGUUGGCGCCGGCGACGUCGUUAGCACUAAAGGCGUGUUGUAA